AUGGUGUCGCUGCUCCCACCGCAGUCUGACGUCACGCUGCCGGCCUCCACCAGACUGGACGGCGAGCCCCAAGGGGACCUCAUGCAGGCGCCGGCCCUCCCAGGCUCACCUGCCCCUCAGAGCAAGCAUGCCGGCUUCAGCUGCUCAUCCUUUGUGCCCGAUGGCCCCCCGGAGAGGACGGCCUCGCUGCCCCCCCACAGUCCCAGCAUCGCCUCACCAGGCCCCGAGCAGGUGCAGGGCCAAUGCCCAGCCGGCCCCAGCCUGGGUCCCUUCCGGCUCUCACCCUCAGACAAGUACCCUGGUGGCUUCGGAUUUGAGGAGGGUCCGGCAGGCAGCCCCGGACGCUUCCUCAAGGGCGGCCAUGUGCCUUUCCACCCGUACAAGCGGCAUUUACACGAGGACGUCUUCCCAGAGGCCCAGACCGCACUGGCCCUGGAUGGACACUCCUUUAAGACCUCAGCGUCACUGGAGGUCUUCGAGGAGGUCCCCGUGGAUGCGGGGGACGCUGAAGCUUUCCUGCCUGGCUUCUCGGCGGAGGCCUGGUGCAACGGGUUCCCCUUCCCCAGCCAAGAGCACAGCCCUCAAGUGCUGGGAUCGGAGGUCAAGGUCAAGCCCCCCACUCUGGAGAGUGGUCCUGGGAUGUACUGCUACCAGCCCCCCUUACAGCACAUGUACUGCCCCUCCCAGCCUCCCUUCCACCAGUACUCACCAGCGGGUGGCAGUUACCCUGUGCCCUACCUGAGCGCCUCACACUACCCAUACCAGCGGAUUGCACCCCAGGCCAGCUCUGAUGGGCACCAGCCUCUCUUCCCCAAACCCAUCUAUUCCUACAGCAUCCUCAUCUUCAUGGCCCUUAAGAACAGCAAGACCGGGAGCCUUCCUGUCAGCGAGAUCUACAACUUUAUGACGGAGCACUUUCCGUACUUCAAGACAGCGCCUGACGGCUGGAAGAAUUCCGUCCGCCACAACCUCUCCCUGAACAAGUGCUUUGAGAAGGUGGAGAACAAAUCGGGAAGCUCCUCGCGGAAGGGCUGCUUGUGGGCCCUCAAUCCAGCCAAGAUAGACAAGAUGCAGGAGGAGCUGCAGAAGUGGAAGAGGAAAGAUCCCAUCGCUGUGCGCAAGAGCAUGGCCAAGCCAGAUGAACUGGACAGCCUCAUUGGAGACAAGAGGGAGAAGCUGGGCUCCCCGCUGCUGGGUUGCCCACCCCCUGGGCUGGCAGGCUCAGGCCCCCUCCGGCCCCUGGCACCCCCCGCCGGGCUCUCCCAACCACUGCACUCACUGCACCCAGUCUCGGGCCCCAUUCCUGGCAAGAACUCCCUGCAGGACCUCCUCGGGGGACAUGCAGCCUCCUGCUAUGGGCAGCCAUACGCACACCUCUCACCGGGCCUGGCCCCUCCCGGAGCCCCGCAGCCUUUGUUCCCGCAGACGGAUGGGCACCUGGAGCUGCGAGCCCAGCCAGGCACCCCCCAGGACUCUCCUCUGCCUGCCCAUACCCCACCCAGCCAUGGCGCCAAGAUGCUGGCCGAGCCCUCCCCUGCCAGGACCGUGCAUGACACCCUGCUGCCAGACGGGGACCUCAGCACUGACCUGGAUGCCAUCAACCCCUCUCUCACCGACUUCGACUUCCAGGGAAAUCUGUGGGAACAGCUGAAGGAUGACAGUCUGGCCCUGGACCCCCUGGUCCUGGUGGCCUCGUCCCCGACAUCAGCUUCCAUGCCGCCCCCCCCACCGCCCCACUGCUUCCCUCCCGGGCCCUGCUUGGCAGAGACGGGCAGCGGGGCCGGUGAGCUGGCCCCAGCAAGCAGCGGGGGCCCGGGGCCGCUGGGUGACCUGCACCUCACCACCCUCUACUCAGCCUUCAUGGAGCUGGACCCCACGCCCCCCGCGGCCCCAGGUGGCCCCUCUGUGUACCUCAGCCCCAGCUCCAAGCCGAUGGCCCUGGCAUGA